CGCGUUUCAUCCGCGCAUGCUGGAGCCAUGUUCAUUUCAGUCGGUGUCUCUGUCAUGCUUUGCACCGUUCUCCCGUCGUGCAACCGGAAGGCUUUGAUUCCGGGGGCUGAGCGGUGACACUCUGUCAGCUUUCUGCGGUUGCAGCGCUGCGACAGGAUUUCUCCUUGGAGAGAGGCUGUUUGACCAGAGACUCUGCUGCUGCUGCUGCUGCUCCAAGUGAUUAAUUAGAGGCUCGCGAGAUGUCACAUCAGCCGCUUAAUUAAACUUAAAAUGGACGCCAAAAACGAUGGAAACCACGAUAAGUAGAGAGAAACUGGGUGCCAAUAGAGGAUUCCCAAGAGGCUGCAACUCUGUGAAACAUCGCAGGGUGAUGGAUUUGAGGUUUACGUGAACAUGUCUUUCAUUCACCUGCUGCUGUGGAGACCAGAUCAGCCUUAUAACUGCAAGAGCCAUGAGUUGUUUCAGCUAAUGAGACUCAGCCCAAAAUUUGGUUUGAAUUUUCAAGGUUGCAUUGCUGCACCUGUCCCAUCUGUUUCAGUGAUGCUUCCUCCUUGACAUCCAAAGGAAAGAAAGGAAUAUACAAAAAAAAUCAUACUUUUGUCUGAUCCUCCACUGUGCCACUAGCUCUUGUCAUGGGCGGUAAAAGUGUCUCCCAAGCAACUCUGUGACGACUCUUCACGGCAAAAUCUAGGAUCUGGCUCGUCUCUGUCACACCGUCGGACCAAGAUGAGGCUCUGGUUGCUGCUAAUUUUGUCUGUCUGGGUGAGGCCCGAUCGCGCUGACACCGCUGGGUCAAACGAGCGUCGAGUCGUCGCACACAUGCCGGGUGACAUCAUCAUCGGAGCAUUGUUCUCUGUCCAUCAUCAGCCUCCCGCUGACAAGGUGCACGAGCGUAAGUGUGGCGCCGUGCGAGAGCAGUACGGCAUCCAGAGGGUGGAGGCCAUGAUGCACACGCUGGACCGGAUCAACGCCGACCUGCAAAUCCUUCCCAACAUCACCUUAGGCUGCGAGAUCCGGGACUCGUGUUGGCACUCUGCUGUGGCUCUGGAGCAGAGCAUCGAGUUCAUAAGGGAUUCUCUGGUCUCGUCUGACGAAGCCGAGGAGUGGGGCGGGAUGAGCUCGUGGGGAGGAGGGGGCGGAGGAGGCGCGAUGAAGUGCGCAGACCCCGCUGCCACUCCAAUGCGGGGGAAGAAGCCCAUUGUGGGUUUAAUUGGACCGGGAUCAAGUUCUGUGGCCAUUCAAGUGCAAAAUCUGCUACAGCUAUUCAACAUCCCACAGAUUGCCUACUCUGCCACCAGCAUGGACCUCAGCGAUAAGAGCCUCUAUAAAUAUUUUAUGCGGGUCGUGCCUUCAGAUGCCCAGCAGGCACGAGCUAUGGUGGAUAUUGUCAAAAGAUACAACUGGAGCUAUGUGUCUGCUAUCAACACUGAAGGCAACUAUGGUGAGAGUGGGAUGGAAGCGUUUAAGGACAUGGCGGCUAAAGAGGGCAUCUGCAUCGCCCACUCAGGCAAAAUCUGGAGCAACGCCGGCGAGCAGAGCUUUGAUCGUCUGCUGGAGAGACUGAGGGCACACCUGCCCAAGGCCAGAGUGGUGGCAUGUUUCUGUGAAGGCAUGACUGUCCGCAAUAUCCUCAUGGCUAUGAGACGUCAGGGGCUGGUUGGAGAGUUCCUCCUUGUCGGCAGUGAUGGCUGGGCAGACAGGUAUGACGUGACAGAUGGUUACGUCAGGGAAGCAGCUGGGGGUAUUACCAUCAAGCUCCAGUCAGCUGAUGUGAAGUGGUUCGAUGAUUACUACCUUAAACUUCGCCCAGAGAACAACCACAGGAACCCUUGGUUUCCGGAGUUCUGGCAGCAUCGUUUUCACUGCCGAUUGAAAGGUCACCCACAAGAAAACAACAAGUACAACCGCACUUGUGGCAAACGGGAGUCCCUUCGGCAGCAGUACGCGCAAGACACCAAGAUGGGAUUUGUCAUUAAUGCCAUCUACUCCAUGGCAUAUGGUCUGCAUAACAUGCAGCGUUCACUCUGCCCAGGAUAUCAGGGUCUUUGUGAUGCCAUGCGACCAAUAGAUGGUGCUACACUGCUGGACUUUCUGAUGAAAACUAACUUCACCGGCGUAUCGGGUGAGGGCAUCUUGUUCGAUGAAAACGGCGACUCACCUGGCAGGUAUGAAAUAAUGAACUUCAAAAAGAUGGGGAAGGACUACUACGACUACAUUAAUGUUGGGAGUUGGGACAACAGUGGUUUGAAGAUAGAUGAUGAUGAGAUCUGGUCCAGCAAAGAUGUCAUUAUCAAAUCAGUCUGCAGUGAACCCUGUGACAAAGGACAGAUUAAGGUAAUUCGUAAGGGAGAGGUGAGCUGCUGCUGGACGUGCACUCCCUGCAAAGAGAACGAGUUUGUGUUUGAUGAAUACACCUGCCGCGCCUGUGAGCUGGGCUCCUGGCCUAAUGAUGAGCUCACAGGUUGUGACCCGAUACCAGUGGAGUACCUGCGCUGGGGGGAUCCUGAACCCAUUGCUGCUGUGGUCUUUGCCUGCCUCGGUCUUAUGGCCACAUUCUUUGUCACUGCAGUCUUUAUCCGUUUCCGGGACACCCCUGUGGUCAAAUCCUCCAGCAGGGAACUGUGUUACAUUAUUCUGGCAGGGAUCUGCCUGGGAUACCUGUGCACCUUUACCCUCAUAGCAAAGCCCCACGUCGUCCACUGCUACCUCCAACGACUGGGGAUUGGCCUAUCUCCUGCCAUGAGUUACUCUGCACUUGUCACCAAGACAAACCGCAUCGCUCGGAUCCUGGCAGGAAGCAAGAAGAAGAUCUGCACAAAGAAACCUCGCUUCAUGUCCGCCUGUGCUCAGCUUAUCAUUGCCUUCCUCCUCAUACUGCUGCAGCUGGGCAUCAUUGUGGCUCUUUUUCUUAUGGAGCCACCAAAGGUAAUCCACGACUACCCCAGCAUCCGCCAGGUCAAUCUCAUUUGCAACACCACCAACCUCGGAGUGGUUGCCCCCCUGGGAUACAACGGCCUGCUCAUCCUCAGCUGCACCUUUUAUGCCUUCAAGACUCGCAACGUUCCUGCUAAUUUCAAUGAGGCCAAGUACAUUGCUUUUACAAUGUACACUACCUGCAUCAUUUGGCUGGCAUUUGUACCCAUCUACUUUGGCUCCAACUACAAAAUUAUCACCAUGUGCUUCAGUGUAAGCCUCAGUGCCACCGUGGCUUUAUGCUGCAUGUUUGUACCCAAGGUGUACAUCAUCCUGGCCAAACCAGAGCGAAACGUGCGCAGUGCCUUUACCACGAGCACAGUGGUGCGCAUGCAUGUGGGCGACGGCAAAUCGUCUUCGGCUGCCAGCCGUUCUUCCAGCCUGGUUAACCUGUGGAAACGCAGAGGCUCGACUGCAGAGACACUCAGCUCCAAUGGCAAAUCUGUUUCUUGGGCUCAGACGGAGCGCAGCAGUUCACAUGGCAACCACCUGUGGCAGCGGCUGUCCUUCCACAUCAAGAAGAAGGAGAACAAUCAGACCGCAGUUAUUAAGCCCUUCUCCAAGACCUCUGAGGAGCGGUACCUCGGUGGGGCCGACAUGCCGCCGCAUGUACCUCUGCCGUCCCUCCCCUCCAUGUCCUCCCUGCCAACUCAUCCCGACGGCGCCACGGAUAAGACCCUGUACGAGCUGUCGGAAGCGGAGGAGCACUACUCGAUGACGUACCGGCCGCAGACGCCGUCACCUAUCAGCACCAUCAGCCAGAGGAUCGGUGCGAGCUCAGUGGAAGAGCCUCAGAUGGCCGCUGCUCCUCAGUACUCCAGCAGCAUCUGCAGCGGUGGCAGCGGCGCCAGCAGCUGCGGACCCCCCAGCAGCGGCUCUGCUGCGGCCGGAAGCGACGGCCGCUUGGUCGUCGUGGACGACUGCCCCGCGGCGCCCCAGAGUUCACUGAUGGACCAGAUCAGCUGCGUGGUGAACCGCUUCACUGCCAACAUCUCGGAGCUGAACAGCAUGAUGCUCUACACCUCUCCUUCGCAUACAAACAAACACACGCCGCCCUCCCCCCACCCCCACGACCCCUACUUGUUGCCCCGUGAGCUCCCGAUGCCCCCGACCCUCACCACCUACGCUGACGUCCAGCCCCUCCCCCACGCCGAGGCCAGCCGGGGCGGCUGUCCCGUUCACUCUCUUCCUCGUUCGCCGUACCCGCUGCCGCCGCCUCACCGCCACGCCUCCCCCUCCCUCUCCCCCAUGCGAGGAAACCUGGCCACCUGCCACCCCGACUCCCCCCUGAUGAGGGCGGAGCUGGAUGAGGAACUAAUCGCUUUAACGCCUCCGUCGCCCUUCCGUGACUCUCUGGCGUCCAGCAGUAGCUCCCAGAUUUCAGAGACGGGUCUGUACGUUCCCCCAGUCCCUUCCCAUCCUCCCCCGUCUCCCCCUUCACCCAGAUAUGCCAGACUGACCCUCAGAAACUACAGUCAGAGCUCAUCCUCACUGUGAGGCUGUCAAAACGAGUCCAAUGGAGCAGAAAGCAGACGGAUCGGACUGAAAUUCAUUCGUCAUUGUUUGGAGAAGAAAAAAAAAGUAGUUAAAGUAGAGGGCUGAUUGGUGAAGACACCAAGCUGUGUUUGUGUUUACAUGUUUACAUGUUUACAGCAAGGCGCAAGUUUAAGAGGCGUGCCAGUGUCGUAUUUUCUUGCUGUCUCUCACGAGUGACGGAAGAAGAUGGCCGCCUGUCUCUGAGCUGUUUUGGCAUCAGUUGCAGCAGAGAUCAUUCCUGACCGUUUAAGUCUAUUCAGUAUCAAUCAGCUGAAGCUAGUGGCUUUAAGGUAACUUGGCUGUCAACUAAUUAAAGGAAGUUUGUGUGCGUGCAUUAGUGGGUAUGAGUGUGUUUUUGAAAAACGCAGAGAGGUGAAAGGGAGAUGGCAGUGGAGCGUGUUAGGAGGGGAAUUGUCUCCUCCAGGCUGUAGGAUCUAAAGUGAGGUGAUUAAGGGCACAUAGUUUAUAUUUGCUCAUAGACACACGCACAACGACACAACAGUGUGAGCACACUCAUACAAAUGAGAUGUGCAGGGGGAAAGCACUGUAACUAUAAAAUAAGUGGAUUUGUCUUCUGUGGUGAAAUCCCACAUCCUUCUAACAAAAGUGCAUUGUGGGAACGAUGUUAUCAUGCGAAAGCGGUACCUUACUCUAUUUUUGUUACCAAUCCAACAUCUUUUAUGUCCUCUUCGAUCUGCUUCCACCUUCAUCGUCCCUCUUUCUCAUGCAGCUUUCUUUUUCAAUAUUUUCUACUCUUUCAACUUUUGUCAGAAAAUUUCGAAUGUAUAUUUUCUACAUGAUUCCUGAAGCGGUUGGGACCAAAACUUUUUUGUAGCUUUCUGUCUGUAACUUGAGAAAGAGGGCGAACGGGGUUCUGACAAGACCAGGCCUUGUUUCCUCAUAAACAUCUUCGCUUUCAGAUCUCAUUCAGGUGGAUUAUUGGGUGAAAUCUGACCUCAGAGCUUACUGCUAAUGCAUGACAUUUAACAGUCCAUUUUGUACGGCUCAGCUGGAUCCCAGUCAUGGCAUUUUCCUGAUACAAUGUGUCAGCGGGACGCAGCAGCCCUGCUUCAUCAAAGACGGUGUUUUGAACGGGAUUAAUUGGGGUGGAAGUCAUCUUGAAUGUUGAAUCAAUUGAUUCACGCUGGGCGAAAGAGUCUUCUUCAGUGCCCUGAAGGUCAUCUGUUGAACAAGUUUUGUGACUUUUUCCUGUUUUUUAGUGAAAGAAGACAAAAUGCAUUUAAACUGACAUUGAGUUUGGGGCGAGCCUUUUAAACAGAGGCACAUAACUUUCUCAAUAUAUCUUCGAGCAAACUGUAAAAAGAAUGACUGAUAUCCACUACAGCCAGUCAAAAUGUUCACAACACACAGCCAAAUAAACCCUGAGAUGAACAGUAUGUUGUUCCAACUUAAAUAAAAACUUGCCUGUUUUGGGACAUUGUCUGUCUUGCUGAGAGUUAGAUGAGACUAAUGUCUGAGACCACAAGCAGAAGGUUUGUAUCCUUCAUGUUUUUACAUUUUUAGGCACUAGAUUGCACAUAAAUAUACAAUAUAAAUGUCUAUAUUUAUAUUUAUUAUCCUUAAAGGUUUAGUAGUACUUAAUCAUGUCAAAUGGUAAAUUAAAAUCCACUGAAUUAAUAGCUUAAAAAAGGACAUUUGUGUUUCAGCAAGUUAUGACUUGUCUCCAAUCUGUUUAGGUUUAAGAAAACUUGAUUAGAUCAACCAAAGAGUCUACUUAUGGUGCCCAUCCAGUGACAUUGGAUUUUUUUUAAAUCUCGUAGCCACGGUUAUUAUCAUAUGGACACAAAAUGAGACAUAGUAGCUGCGUUUCCAUUGCAAAUGUGCGCAAAACUUUGUUGAUAUUCUGUUAAUGUCGACAAAACACAGUUUCG